CGUCAAUCAAGAGGAACCUGAUUAUUCCGUCCUACGCAAACAGCCAUUCGUGGAAAGAAAGGGCCAGCCCUGCCUUGUUCUGCCUACAUUUUGUACUGGCCUUAUUUUUUUUCCUCCCUUUUUAAGCAAUGCAGAAUGAGUGAUCAAAAGGAGGAAAGUAUGGCCACCCUAACUGAAGGAGGGAAACCUGGUGAAUAUUUGCAAAUCAAAACAUCAGGCUCACAGGACACCCAGCCGUCUCCUCUCGCCCUGCUCGCAGCGACUUGCAGCAAGAUCGGUUCCCCGGGCCCGGCUGACGGCGCAACUGGCUCCAACACCCUGCAAAGCGGACAACUACUAAUCGACCAGAGCACAGGAGCGGUGCAGCAGCAGCAACUCGAGGUUGUGACUGCCCAGCUUAGUGGGAAUGGCUGGCAGAUCAUCGCCGCCGGCCCCGCAACAACUAAAGAGAGCGUUGCACAACACCAAGGCACGUCUGCUGGCAGUAGCUGCAGCAACACAACCACCGCCUCCGCCGCCGCCACCACCAACGGCAAUGUUGCAAGUGUCCAAGAUGGUACGGGUUCGCCCAUCAAAGCCAGACCCAUCGUGUCAGCAGCGGGACAGUACAACGUGGUGCCAGUGCAGUCGCUACCAAAUCCUACCAUGGUGGUCAAUGCAGCAGCCACUGCUGGCGGUUCUUCCAACAGCGUGCAGUAUCAAGUCAUCCCGCAGCUGCAGACAGUGGACGGACAGCAGAUCCAGAUCAGCUCGGCCAAUCUGCAGCAGGAUUUGCAUGGGCAGAUCCGGAACGCUGCGCCUUCUCAGCCGCCCGCCAGCGUCCCUAUCCAGCUCCGACCGGGCCUCUCCAUUCCGCUGCAGCUGCAAGGAGUUAACAUUUCCGGGGCUCAGACCCAGAUGGUCGCCACUUUGCCAAUUAACAUUGGAGGCGGCGUGACCCUGGCCGUGCCUAUAAACAGCCUGGCGGCGGCCACCGGAGGAGGGUCCAUUCAGUUUGUCCAGCCUUCAGACGGCGGGGUCUCGAAUGGGAAUCAAAUGGUUUCCACGCCCAUUUCCACCGCCUCUUUGAGCAGCAUGCCCGAAUCUCCUUCGUCGUCUCCUCCUCCUCCCUCCUCCUCCACAUCGACCCGCGUUACCACCGCCUCCCCAUCGUUGUCCUGUGUGACUUCGCUGGCAAAUUCCUCCGAAACUGCCCAGGCUAUCUUCCGCACUACACCAAGUUCCGAGAACACCGAAGACGAACCGUCUUCAGCCGUGACCGGCUCUGAAGGCGAAGGUACAAACCUCUCUCAGUCUAAUGGGUUGCAGAAUUUGCCGGAACAUGGUCAGCUUCAUCAAGUGCAGUUGGCUGUGGGACAGCAGAUGCCAAUUCAGCAACAGCAUUCGUCUCAGAUCCAGCAGCAGAUUAUUCAGACAAUCCCACACCAUGCCCUUCAGACCAUCCAAGGUGCUGCAGUUCCAGGACAAACUAUUCAAAAUGUCCAGCAACAGGCCUUGCAAAAUGCUCAGUUAUCAACAAUGCAGAAUCCAACUCAGGUGAUCAUCAGGGCACCAAGUUUGACACCAUCUGGGCAAAUAAAUUGGCAGACCAUUCAAGUGCAAAACAUCCAGAACCUUUCAAGUGUACAGAUUCAAAAUGCUCAGCAGCUGACUGUGACUCCUGUGUCUUCAAGUAGUUCUGGUGGAACUGCUAUUGCCCAAAUUACUCCCGUAACUGUUACUGGCGGUACCAUUAAUUUAAGUGCUGCCCAACUUGCAUCUGUUCCUAACCUCCAGACUGUCAACAUUGGGAGUUUGAGUUCGGGUGGAGUCCAGGUGCAAGGAAUACCAGUGGCCAUCGCCAAUCUAGCAGGUCAACAGCAGACCCAGGAUGGUGGAGAUACAAAAUGGCAUCUAAAGGUACAGCCCACAGCUGUAACUCCAGUCACAGUAGCCGUUGGCAGUCUUGCUGGUGCUGCAUUGGGCACUGUUAGCCCUAACAACCUCGCUCAAGUACAGCUCCAGUCAUCGAGUGAGCAAGAUGUUCAACCUGGCAAAAGAUUGAGAAGAGUUGCCUGUUCAUGUCCUAACUGCAGAGAUGGUGAAGGAAGGGCCUCUACUGAGCCAGGGAAGAAGAAACAGCACAUUUGCCAUAUGGAAGGCUGUGGAAAGGUUUAUGGUAAAACAUCCCAUUUACGGGCACACCUUCGCUGGCACACUGGUGAAAGACCAUUUGUGUGCAAUUGGCUCUUCUGUGGCAAGCGUUUUACACGGAGCGAUGAAUUGCAGAGGCAUAGAAGGACUCAUACAGGUGAAAAGAAGUUUUCCUGCCCAGAGUGUUCAAAGCGGUUUAUGCGGAGUGAUCAUCUUUCAAAACAUGUCAAAACCCAUCAGAACAAGAAGGGUGCUACCGUUGUUCAAACUGUUGGGAAUAUCUCACCGGACAUGGAGGCAUCUGUGGCAGAGGUUCUCGUCUCUCCCAGGAUAGUCGCCAUAACCACCACUUCCCAGGAUUCCAGUCCAACAAUGUCAGCUGUGGCAAAUAACAUGGAUGAAUAUUGAUAAUAUAACAUGCAGCGGUCCAGAUUCCAUACUUAUCAGUUUAUUUCAAAUUCGAACCCAUAUUAAAAACUUAGAAAAUUCUGUAUGGAAAUUAAAACACAACUUUUAGUUUGCAGUUUGUUACCUGUAAUGCAGAUUUAAGUCUGUCAUUUUAACUGGACAAAGGAGCCAUGUGCAAAGUAACUGUUCGGUUCUAUCAUUGAAUAUUGGGACUUAACCAAUGUGCAGCAGCUUACCAAUGUUUUCCUGAAAAUGCUUUAAGAAUGAUCCUUGUUGUAAACAAAUUACUUGUUUGGUAUAAUUCAAAAAUAAAACUUUUCAGUGGCACUACUUUUUAAAAAGUUUAAUUGUUCAAUCUUAAUCUGCAGACUUCUAUUAAUUUAUAGAGAACUCCUUUACAAAAAUUCCUUCUAAUUUUUCUUUCCAUCACCAUCUUGGGAAAGUUGUAUCUGAUGGUAAUCAUGUUGAUUAUUCUAAGAUGUUGCUGUUUUUCUUUCUUAAAAUCAGUUUCUCUCCUCUUAGAGUGGAUGACAAUUGAAAUUUAGAAUUCUACAUCAUACUGUUUUCUUUAACGUACCCAAAUGAUUAAAAAAAGCAUUUUGUUUUUAAAAAAAAAUGUGGAUCCAAAGACAUGGAUAAGCUGCUGCAAUGAUGCAGAGACAUUUAUUGAUGCUAUUGAUUCAGCCUUAUUGGAAGGAGGUUGAUUUUAUUCCACGUUUUAUUUACACAUGGAAUACAUCUCCAUUGAUAUUUAACAUUUAAUUGUGAUAAUUUUCUUACAAAUUUGACAUCUGCAGCUUUGUUUCGUUAUUGGAAUAACUUCCUAGGAUCUGAAAUGUUGGAGGAUAUUCACCAAGGGGAAAUUUUACAUAUAGAUUGACGGGUGCAACUCUAUGUCUGAAGACAAAAUUCUGCUCCUAUAUUUCCUGUCAAAUAUUUGCUUUACAAUUUUUGCAAUUAAACUUGUGCAUGUAAUUUUUUUGUAUUCCUGUUAACAUUUCUUUUCAUUCAACUGUAAUUGUUUAAGCAGAAGUUUGUUGAUUUGUUAAAAUAUUUUCAUGGACCAGAUAACUGUUACUAACCUUGCAAAAUGGGGUUUAAUUGUUCAACUUUCAUUCAUGUAUUCAGCCAUCUAUAUUUGCUUCUGUCUCGCUGUAUUUUUUGUUUUGGCGCUUGGUUCUGACUUUGAAUCAUUUAGUAUCUGCUUUAUACCUAUUUAAACCAGCUUUGAUAAGGCCUGCUCCUGGAGAUAGGCUAGGCACUGAUUUGAUCUGGUGUCCCAGAAAAUCUUGAAGACUGAUUCAGUGCCCAUUCCUUUUUGUAUAAAUAUGUUUAUACCAUCGACUGACUUGUGUACUUUGUUGGUCUUAAUUUCAUAUAGCUGUACGGAAGAAUUAUGAUAUGUAUAGUUCUAUAAAUGGUAAGUGUUGCCAUCAGUAAUACUUGCAUUUUUUUUUCCAGUGAGUUAGUGUCUGUCGCAAGUGGACAUGGCUGUAGAAGAUUACAGUUGAUUUAUUAUUUAUCACAAAUUUUUUACUUUCUUAUGCAAGGCCAGGAAUGAAGUUCAUGUAUUUGUAGGUGCAAGUAAACGUCUUCUUGGAAAGCAGUGAAAUCUAAAUUUAUAUAGAUUUGCAUCAUUAUAGUCAUUAACUACUUACUGUGAUUAUACAGGUUGUUUCUGGCCUUGCAUGGUACUUUUGCUUUAACUUAUGUCUGCUUCCAUAUGUGGUUAUAAUCAUGCAUGUAAUGAUUAAAAACGAAUAAUUGCCCAUAGAACUAAAUUCUAAGUAAUUUACAGAUGUUUAAGAAUUUAAAAAGUACACAAUUAAUGUGUGUAAAAAAAAAAAAUUAAAAGGGAAUAUUAUUGAUGGUGUUUGGGGAGGGAAAGAAAUUUUGAUUUUGAAUAUCAGACUUUCUACAACAAGAUUAUUAACCUGAAUAUUUUGUUACAAUAAUUCACUUGUAAAUCUUUUUUUAAAAUGUGUUUUCCUGGCAUCAUAAACUUUUAAUAAUGGAUUCUGCCAGUAUGGCCUUAAAGGCAUGAUUUGUUCACAUUUUUAUAAUGCAGAUUUGUAUAAAAGAGUACAUUUUGUGGGGGAAAAAUGUUGUUUUUCACCUGCAGCAGAAAACUGAAGUUGUCCAUUAAAAUAUCG